UACGAUACUGGCUUUGGUUCGCUGUUGAUUAAAGCGUUUCCAAGUUGUGUCCUAGUUUGUGGUCUUAUUCAACUGGCGUGGUGGCAGCUGGAUUUCGUCCCUUCGUCUCUUUCGCCAAAAAAAAUCACAGAAUAGAACAGCAAACGCCGCUGUGACAGCACAACUUAUUUACCGAAGAAAUGGCUGCUACUCACAGAGCACCAAAACAAUGGAGCCUAUCUAAAACCGAAACUAUCACCAGUUUUGAAAACUGGAAGCAAAACCUGAUGUAUACGCUGUCUCUCGAUACAAAUUUCUCAACUUAUCUUGCCGAUGGAGCUACAUGGAAAAAGAAAACAAAGACCGAACCUCUCCGUGGCUAUACCGAUGAUGAUGAAACCGUUCAGCAAUCAAAACGCCUCACUGCCCAACAGAAGGUGAACUUUUUAGAACUUAUGCUAGGACAAAUCGCAAACUACUGUCCUAUUAUUUCGAGAAACACUUUAGUUAAGAACUCUACAUCUCUAGAGUUUAUCUGGCAGGCGAUCCGACAACAUUUUGGAUUUCAAGUAACUGGUGCACACUUCAUAGAUUUCGUCGACAUCCAUCUAGAGCCCGACGAGCGCCCGGAAGACCUGUUUCAAAGACUUAUGGCUUUCGCCGAGGAUUCCCUCCUCAAACCCAAUAACCUAACUCACCAUGGCGAACAAGUAACAGAAGAAGAGGAACUUUCCCCAACACUAGAAAACCUCAUAGUGUUGACUUGGCUGAGGCUUAUUCACCCAUCACUACCUCGCCUUGUUAAGCAACGGUACGGGACAGAGCUACGUUCUAGGACUCUCGCAUCGAUCAAACCAGAAAUCUCUCAGGCAUUGAGCUCCCUGCUAGAGGAAAUUCGCACGUCCGAUGAUGCAAAGAUCCUUCGCUCAGCCGUCAGCAACACUUAUCAGUGGAAACCUGCCACAAGCCACAACAAUCAGUGGAAACCGGCACCAAAUAGCAAGACCACAUCAAGAAAGCCCCGCUCCUCGAAGGUAUGCCCACUCUGCAGUCAGGCUAAUCGGUCGGAUACUCAUCACUUCCUAAGCGAAUGCAAAUUUCUCCCAGAUAGCGAUCGGCGCUAUAUGAUUAAAGCAAGACAAAUCGCUGACAUCUUCGACGACAAUGACUCCGAGUUAGAGACACACGCCCAAAUGCCCUCGACUGAGUCCAUCGACCCCCCCGCACACACUGCCCAUGACGCGGUCGUCCUCAGAAUACAGACCCGCCAGUCACCAUAUCUAGACGUCUUCUACAAUCACCAUACCGUACGAAUGACCGUCGACAGCGGUGCCACAGGCAACAUGAUAAGACUCUCCACCCUCACCUCGACCACGGCACGCCUUGUAACCGUCCUCCGUGCACCACCACGCAACGCAACAGUCUGGCCAGGCGAGUUUCUUGAAAUCACACUACCGGACGACACACCCACUGAUGCCGAGUAUGCACUUGAACCUCGUACCGACGCGCCGAGCGCUCGUAGAGUAAAACCAUCUGCUGUCUGGCCUCCCCCUGGCAUCGUUACCAGCAUAGCCGGAAGAAUACGUAUUCCCAACCUUACAUCGGAGCCACGCUCACUCAAACGUAACGAGCACUUCUGUCAAGUCCGCCAACUUUUCGAACCAUCGAACGUCACAACGACCAGCCCAGCCCGUACGUUCCCUUCUACAGACACCCUUCAUUCAGCAAACGUUUCUCUAGAUCCUGACAGUUUGCUACCAUCAGAUAUCAAAGCCAAGUUCAAAGCCCUCCACCAUGAAUACGACCAGGUGUUUGACGCUAAUAUCGAAGGCUACAACGGCCACGUAGGCCCCUUCGAAGCCAGAGUCAACAUGGGGCCUGUUGAACCCCCCCAACGGAAAGGGCGCCUUCCCCAAUAUGCACGUGAAAAACUUCUCGAGUUACAAGAUAAAUUUGAUGAACUGGAGAAUCAGGGGGUCUUUAAACGCCCAGAAGACGUAGGCAUCUCCGUGGAAUAUCUAAAUCCAUCAUUUCUAGUCCGCAAGCCGGAUGGAGGUUCACGCCUUGUAACAGCCUUUGCUGAUGUUGGAAGAUACAGCAAACCUCAACCGUCGUUAAUGCCAAACGUCGAUUCAACAUUACGCCAAAUCGCCCAAUGGAAUCACCUCAUUGCGACUGACCUAACCAGUGCAUUUUAUCAGAUCCCUCUGUCAAGAGACUCUCUGAAAUACUGCGGAGUCGCAACUCCCUUUCGCGGCGUCAGAGUUUACACCCGUUGUGCAAUGGGUAUGCCUGGUUCUGAAACUGCGUUAGAAGAACUAAUGUGCCGCGUCCUUGGAGAUCUUCUUGCUGAAGGCGUUGUUGUCAAGCUUGCCGAUGAUCUCUACUGUGGAGGAAACACCCCACAUGAACUCUUCAGCAACUGGAAAAGAACCCUCCAGGCUCUUCACGAAUGCAAUCUUCGCUUGUCUGCCUCCAAAACAAUCAUCAACCCCAAGACCACUACUAUUCUUGGAUGGAUCUGGAGUGCAGGCACCUUGAAGGCUAGCCCCCACCGAGUUGCUACGCUAGCCCAAUGUCCAACCCCAACUACCGUUGGUCUCAUGCGUUCUUUUAUUGGCGCAUACAAGGUACUUUCACGAGUUGUACCACAGUGCUCCACAUUUCUAUCACCCCUCGACGAAAUUGUCGCUGGCCGGGAGUCACGAGAUACUAUUGAGUGGACUGACAAUCUACAUACGGCUUUCUAUAAUGCCCAGAAGGCCCUCUCUUCCACCCGCGUCAUCACCCUGCCAAGACCUGAGGAUUUCCUAUGGAUUGUCACGGAUGGCGCCCUGCGUGACCCAGGAAUCGGCGCCACACUUUACAUCACACGUAACGGCAACCUACACCUCGCUGGGUUCUACAGCGCCAAGCUAAAAGGUUCACAGUCGUCUUGGUUGCCCUGCGAAGUUGAGGCACUGUCUAUAGCCUCUGCUACCAGACAUUUCAGCCCCUACUUAAUACAAUCUCAUCACCGAGCGUCCAUCUUGACUGACAGCAAACCCUGCGUACAGGCGUACGAGAAAUUAUGCCGCGGCGAGUUUUCCGCAAGCCCACGAAUUUCGACCUUCCUCUCUGCAGUCAGUCAGUACCAAGCCACAGUCAGACACGUAUCAGGGUCCUCCAUUCUCCCCUCAGAUUUCGCAAGUCGAAACGCUCCACCGUGCGAAGAUGAAGCCUGUCAGAUCUGUUCCUUUGUCAAACAGCUCGGGGACUCUGUUGUCAGGCGCUCAUCAAUUCAGGACGUCAUUGAUGGCAACGAGCGGCUCCCUUUCACUAGCCGAUCAGCUUGGCUCGCGAUUCAGUCCGAGUGUCCUGACUUACGUCGAACUCACUCCCACCUCAAACAGGGCAUCCGACCUUCGAAAAAGGUAACAAACAUCAAAGACGUCAAACGAUAUCUUGGUGUCGCCACCAUCGCCAAGGAUGGCUUACUCGUCGUAAAACGUGAAACACCCUUAUCGCCCAGCCGUGAGUGCAUCAUUGUUCCACGUCGCGUUCUUGACGGCGUACUCACAGCUCUACAUAUUCAGCUAUGUCACCCGUCAACUCACCAACUCAAGAUGGCCACCAAGCGCUAUCUGUUCGCCCUUGAUCUUGAGAAGGCCAUCGUUCGCGUGUCUCAAGCUUGCCACCAUUGCGCUUCUCUCCGUACAAGCAGCAAAGCACGUAUAGAACAGUCGUCUUGCGACCCGCCCGACGCCAUUGGAGUUUCUUUCGCAGCAGACGUCAUACGUCGGUCACGCCAGUUUAUCCUGAUUGUACGAGAGUGCGUGACUUCGUACACCACCAGCUUACUGUUAACCAAUGAGCAACACUCUACCCUUCGCGAUGCUCUCAUUCGUCUUUGCGUGCAGAUGCGUCCCCUCGACGGUCCCGUCGCCAUCAUUCGCACUGACCCAGCCCCAGGAUUUCAAGCGCUAAAGGAAGACAAGCUCCUGCAACACCAUCGAUUAGUCCUCGAAAUUGGACGCGCAAAGAACGUCAAUAAGAACCCGGUAGCUGAAAAGGCAGUACAAGAGUUAGAACGUGAGAUCCUACAGCUUGACCCACUAGGGGGCCCUGUCUCUGAAGUAGCACUUGCAGUCGCUACAGCUAAUCUCAACGCCCGCAUCCGAUUACGUGGUCUGUCUGCGAGGGAAAUGUGGACUCAGCGUGACCAGUUUUCCAACAGUCAACUCCCCUUCCAAGACCAAACCCUCAUAGAGAAACAGCACGACCAGCGGAAUUCUAACCACGCGUACAGCGAGAAAUCUAAAGCGCCCACCGCAGACUUUCGCCUAUCCACAGCAAUCACUGUUGGCGACCUCAUUUACCUGCAUCCCGACAGGAACAAGACCCGAGGGCGAGAUAGAUAUCUCGUCGUAGACACUGAAGGAGGCUUCUGUAAUAUCAGAAAGUUUAUUGGCUCGCAGUUACGUUCUACGUCAUACAGAGUAAAAAAAACAGAUUGCUACAAGGUUCCAUCUGAAGUACCGGACAAGACACCGACUGCAGCCUAUGACUGUGACUCUUCCGCAGAUGAAGAUGACACUCCGGCCACCAACAGGCUUCCGCCCCCAGCCCCACCAGAUAUACCGACAGCGAUAACUGAUCCACCUUCCCGGGAUGUACCACCCCAAAGUGAUGCCGACGCCCCUGAGACGAGAGCUAUGGACUCCAGUCACUGUCCCUCCAAUCUUCAAGAUGAUGACACAUCCCCACCUAGGAGGUCUACCCGCGAGCGUCACCUUCCCUUACGUUAUAGAGAUGACGACUUUAUCACUGACUUUAAAUAGGACUUAAUGUAUAAACUAUGCUAGCAAUUAGGCUUACUGUUAUAGUCCUAUCUUUUAAUCAGUCCAUCGUAUUUACAUUGUACGCCGUGAAAGACAUUAGUUGUGUGAUUUCUCUACAGUAGAUAGUAUAA